ACCAAGCGCCACGGAUGAGGGUCCAGGAACAAAACAUAAGAAGCCUGGAUCGAUCGAUUGCGUGACUUUCUCUGAAAUCCUCUUUCCCCGCGCGUCUUGAAACAUGCCCGCUAUUAAAAGCUUAACGCUGGUUUGCGACGCGCUGAACGAGGACGGGACGUUCUCCGAGGGGGACCUCAUAACGGGGAAAGUAACGCUGGCCGUGGAAAAGCCCACAGCCGUCCAGAGCUUCUUCGUCAAAGUGAAGGGGGACGCUCAAGUGCGCUGGACGACGAGGAGCGGCAAUCACAACCACACACACUCGGCGGGCCGCAGAUACUUCAAACUCAAGCACUUCUUUAUCGCUGAAAGCUCCAAUGAGACUGUGCUUCCCCAAGGUGUCCAUGUGUAUAACUUCAGCUUUACCAUACCAUCAGAGAACAUGCCUUCAAGUUUCAAGGGCACCCACGGAAAGAUUGUCUACAUUCUUGAAGCCAAGUUGUCUAGAAGUUGGAAAGUGGACAAGACUGCUGUCAACGUGAUCAUUUUUCGCUCCAAGUCCAUCCCACACCUACAAUCUCUGAUGUUACGACAAGUUGCAGUCAAAGACAAAGAGUUGGGGAUUUUCUCAAGUGGAAAAGUGCACAUGGAGGUCACUGUUGAUAGGACUGCUUACGCCCCAGGAGAAACAGCGGUGGUUGUUGCAAAAAUCAACAACAACUCAUCUAGUGACAUGAUUCCCAAAGUGCGUUUGUCCCAGGUUAUUGUAUACACAGCCAGCAGUAGUACCAAACAUGAAAGCAGCACUGUCAACAAAAUGGCCGGCCAAAAUAUUGGACCCCGCUCAGAGAAGGAGGUCAGGUGGGCUGUGAAGAUUCCCACUAAUCAGGAGCCGACCAUCAAAAACUGUGAAAUCAUCUCAGUGGAAUACUCCCUAAAGGUGUAUCUGGACAUCAGUUUUGCCUUCGACCCUGAGGUGACGUUCCCAAUGAUCAUCAUACCUCCAAACCUAGCCUCUGGUUCUCAGCCUGCUUUUCCUGGGCCUAGCUGGGCCCCACACAACAGUGACUUCCACCCUGCUGCAGCCAGCGCACCUUGUUAUCCUCCAUCCCCACACAGAUACCAAGGGGCCCAAGCGUAUUUGGUACCCCCGCCGUUUUACUCAGCUAAUCCAGCAAGCUAUGCGGGUCCUCCGGCCAUCAAUCCCAAUCCCGUUGCACCCAUGGCAUGGGGCUUUUAUCCAGGAAUUUCUUCAUAUGGCUCGUCAUCAUCGUCAUCUAGUGUUGUGCACCCUCCGCCAAAUCCAGGAACAUUUCAUUCACCUGCUCCGACAUUUACACCCAAUCCAUCUGCCCCAGUGACCCAUCCAGGCCCAUCAGCACCACUACACGCAGCUCUUUCUGCUCCAUUAUACGAACCGCCUUCUUAUACGAGCACCACCAACUUCCUGUCUCAAUCUGAUGAACCUCCUCCAGCCUAUUCACUUAUUUUCCCAUCAUCUGUAAAUGAUGAGUCAAGCCAAGCCAAAUAAACCAAAUCAGUAUUGAAAGGCAUUAUGUAAGUCAUAAACACUGAAAUUUUGUAAAUUUAAGAGGCCUCAUAUGUGCACAUAAUUUUUUGAUUUGAAAUAUGAAGCUGGUAUGUGGAAAGCAUCUUGAGCUUAUAAACUAUAUGUUGGCACUUAAAUAAAGUUACUGUGUAAUGCCUGGAUUAGACUACAGGAUUUUAGCCCCGAUAUUGGCCCGAUUAGCCAUCACGGGCGAUUUUCCAGAACAAAACUUCUUGUAGUGUGACGUCAUCUAUGACCAACGAUUUGGCCCUACGAUAACCCUACGACGCCAAAAUGAAAAGGCAAGCAUGCUUGAUUUUUUUAUAUCUUCCUUUGUAGUGUGACAUAUGAACGACAACUCUCCGACAGCAGCACCUUGACGUCGACCAAUCGGAUUGAGUUUUGUAACUGGCAUGCUUGCCGUUGUCAACAUUUAUUCACGCACACAAACCAAUGUUUACCGAAGCUUUUGAGCAUGAUUCGACAGAACGCUGCCAUGUUUACUGUAGGUGCAAACAUUAGUGCCGGCACUCAGCUUGCUCGGCUACCUAACGGUUUUUGCCUGCUUGCGAGCCAUAUUGUACUAAACAUAUGUAAACAUACCUCAAGCAAUGGAAUGGAUAGGCCAAAAUGUCUCCCGAGCACCCGGUGACAUUGCAGGUUUUUUUCCUCUUUUUGUUCGUUUCUUCCCCCAACAUUGCCGCAGCGAUCCAUUGUUUGACAACAACUUGUUGUCGCCAUGGUAACAGUUGUAUCCGGUUGCGGUGAAAGGUGACACGUUUUCUGGCCACGCCUUCCCGACAGUGUUCGAUUUGACAAGAUAAAGCCCAGUGAUCGUAAAAGAUGGGAUGCGGUGGUCCUAGAAUAACAAUCGUGUAGUAUUUCCACUAUUUGUCCGAGAUACGGCAAUAUUUUAUGGCAGUAGUCUGACAUAAUGCAAUCGUGAAAGACCAAAUUUGUUUUGUAGUCUGAUCCAGGCAUUAGGAUAGACUGUUCUUAGUGGCCUUAAACUGUUUUAAUGCAUUAUUUCCUGCCUUAUGUGAACAGUUAAGUCUAAAAUGAUUAAUAACCUGGUAUUUUGGGUUCAUGUGUAUUUGUACUUGCAGUUGGCAGCUUUUGGCUUGAUAUGACAUCAAGCUAAAAGUGACAAAAAAACUCACUUUCACAAAAAUGUAUUCAUGUGCCUGAUCUUAUUGAAGAAUUUGGAGGAAGGACAAUAUUUUUCAAUAUUCUAAGGAUCCAGAUGUGAGUGAAUUCUUUAAAGACAAAGAUACAAAAAUAACUAAUUCAAAAUGAACAUAUCAUUUUCGUCUUAUCUGUACAUACAGUACAACUAUACUUGAAAAAGCGUUACGUAAAAAUACAUAUGUAUACAACAAUUAUGAUGAAAUCAAAACAUAGAUGUUUUUGUGUUAUUGUAUGUAAUAUUUUGUUUUAUCUGUCACAUUUGUUCUGUUAAGACUAUUGCCAUGUCACUGCACUAUAAUAACUGAUUUGUUUGAAUCAC